AUGCCACGUAACUCACGCUCUUCUGGUGGUAGUAGACCUUCCGCCUCAUCCUCUGCACCAAGAAGCUCUCCAUUCGGCUCUCAGCAAACCAGAUCCGCCAGCACAGCAGCUCCAGCAUACGGUGCACAACGUUCGAAUUACGCUCAACAGCAAUCACACCCACAGCCUCAACAACAAGCUCAGCCAGCAGCAGCUCCUAGUGCCGGUGGCUCAAUGAUGGGCAAUAUCGCUUCAACUGCUGCCGGUGUUGCCGCCGGACAUGGUCUGUCUAAUAUGCUUUUCGGCGGUUCUUCCAGCCAGCCAGCUCCUGUUGAGCAGCAAGCCCAGCCUCAACAACAGCCACAGCAACAGCAGCAACCACCUGUGUGUGAGACUCAAGCCAAGGACUUUGUUACUUGCUUGAACGCCACAGGCGACGUAAACAGCUGCUCUACGCUGUUAGACUUACUCAAGUCUUGUCAAGCAGCUGCGGCACCUUAUUAG